AUUUGUUUAUUUAUGUUGUCAAUAAAAAUGUGAGUGUGUGACUACAUCGUAGCUAUUCAAAUACGAAAUGUUUAAUCAUGGUACGUGAUAUGAUUUAACCAAAUAGGAAACACCAAUCUCUUCCCUCUUGUCGAGGCGGUUUCGCAAAGAUUAACAGCCAAACUCACAGAGUCCCUCUGGAGUGAGAGAUCAUGGGCCGGCUGGAUGAUGCCGCCAAGCACAAAGUAGUGGAGCUGCGGAAGGCUGGUCUGAGUUUCCGUAAGAUCAAAGCUGUGCUGGAGCUGGAGAACAUCAAGGUGUCUGCCCAGGCCAUCUACCUGUUCCUGAGGGAGUUUCAAGGGAGGCCGCCAGGGAGGGUUAGACCUGUGGAGGCUGGAAGCAGCACAUCAUCAGCACAAGUGCAGCCUCGAUCUGGCCCAAUACAAGAGAACUGGAGUAACAUUCAUCUCCAAAACCUUAUGCGGGAGGCAUCUCACCAUCCUGGCUUUACAGCACCUGCAAACUUUGCCAAACAGACUUCCACAAAUCCGGAUACUGGUGCAAAGCCUUCUGGACCUGGGGAGAUCUGUGGAGGUACCAGGCUAGAACAGCAACAUGAGGGAGAUAAGGAAGAAAAUGACAUCCAGAUUGUUAGUGUCACCUCCCUUGCACAGAACAGCCAACGAAGAAGUCCCCAGUCCUCUGUAACAAGGGCAGAGACAGGUGCUGUGUCUUCCACAAUAACAGCUUCUGGAGCAUACAUGAGGAGGAGGGUCACACCGUCUCCAGCCACUAAUUCAAUGCUGGCAGCUCGAAAGAGACUUUUGGAUAAAGCGCUGUCACACAGGAUGAAGUCAUUCCACCAGGUGGCAUCAUUGUUGAGGAGAGAUCACUUGAGUGUCCAAGGUGCUGAUUUGAGAAAUGCAAUGCCACAACCACCUGAAACGUAUGAUCUGACCACUGAAAAGACUGUUAUGGAAAGUCAGCCUGGAGGAGGUGGUGCCCCCAGGCAAUUUCUCACACAGAGACCAGGUCUGUCUGUCCGUUCCCAACACCCUGUCCCUCGGGUUGGUAUUCGUCUUCCUAAUCAGCCACCAUCACCUUUAACAUCCUCUGCUCCUGGGGUGGCCACCAUCCAUCUACAGAACCCUGGAAGCCAGGGCACAACUCGUAGUGACAGGAACCCGAGCCCCAACAGGCAGUCCAGGACGCCGGAGGGAGAAGUGGUCUGCAGGAUCAAAUUCAGACCCUGGGCUCUGAGGUGCGCAGCUUGGGUCUGGCAGUGAAGAUGCUAGUGGAGCAGCAGUGCCGCCUGGAGAGGGAGCAGGCACAGCAGACGCACAUUCAGAAGCAGAUCCUCAGCACUCUCCAGAGUUUUGCUUCCAAACUGGGACGCUGUAGCAGUGUUCAACAGCAGCACAACAAAACUCCAUCACCCUCUGGUUUGCCAACAGCUUCUGCAUCUACCUCCUUCAGCCAAGACACCUUCAACUUCAGCCAUGGCACGUACACUCAGUGCAGCCAAACCCAGCCAAGCUACAACUCUUUAGAGAGUUUAGAAAAUGUAGAGGCCUUUAAAUUGCCAAGACUGAGCCCUUCAAGCAUAAAUGGGUUUCCGCCAUGUACAAAUGCCGAGAACCUCCCACUUACUCACUCUCCCCCUCAGACACAAGCAUAUGCAGCUGCAUAUCCACCGCAAAACAGUCAAACACUCAUGCCACCCUACACACAGUCCUAUGUCUCUACAUACAACCAGUCACAUGCUCAGACUUUCAGAGGAUCAGAGAGUAAAACAUCAGAUUUCCAAAGCAGCUGUCCAACGAGGACUCUCCAGGAUUGCAGUGUGUCAACCCAGCCGGUGAUGAAUAACCACUCGUCACAGGAUCAGCAAAUCAAUAUCAUCAAAGUGGAAGGACCUUAGAGGGCUUCAGGUGCUUUUUGGGACCAAUAGGGCUUGGAUGUGCUUUCUUAGAGUCACUUUAGAGUACCUCUGUAAGACACAUGUUUUUACAAAGAACAUAAUGCUGUAGCAUUUCUUAAAUUAAUUAAUUUUAUUUCCAAAGUACAUUUUAAGAAAAUAUAAACAGCAAUAGAAUAAAUGGAUGGCUUUAGUAAUAACAUGCUAAGGAUUUGUCUUUACUAUGGCGAAUGAUUACAAAAUUAGAGAAAUUGACACAUGCAUUUUUUUAACAACACUUUUAUUUUUACCUAUUAUUUUUAUAUACUGGCAUUACAAACUGUUUGUUUUCAUACCACUAUAACUAAUUAACAAAAUAAAGAGAUGGUUAUGAUCCAAAGCA